AUUUCUAAAGCGCUUCGGAAAGCAAUUCAAAAAUCACAAUACGUCAUCGUCAUUCUUUCGGAAAAUUAUGCUUCUUCCAAAUGGUGCCUCAGGGAACUUGCCGAGAUCGUUAAAUGGAAGAAAAAGACGAAGCUGAUCAAAAUUAUUCCUAUUUUCUACUAUGUGGAUCCUUCAGACGUAAGAAAUCAAAGAGGGACUUUUGCAAAAGCUCUCGCCACACAUGAAAAAGAUCCCAAGCUAGACAUCAAAGAGAUUAAAAUGUGAAAAAAAGCUUUCAGUAAGGUGGGCAAUAUUAAAGGAGAGCACAUACAUGACAGGUACGAAUCAACAAUUAUACAAGAUAUCAGUAGACGUAUAUCUCGUGAGUUGAAUUCUAGAUUCUCACGUCUUGAUUACGAUAAACUUGUUGCAAUAGACUCCCAAGUAGACAAAAUGAUGAAGUUAUUGGAUAUGGAAUCGAACGAUGUUCGCUUUGUAGGAAUUCAUGGGAUGGGUGGCGUUGGUAAGACAACGCUGGCCCAAAUAAUUUAUGAUCGAGUUUCUAAUUCUUAUUGUCGAUUUGAAGGAAGCAGCUUUAUUUCUUGUAUUAGAGAAGAAUCUAAAGCUCGUGGUCUAGCUUCUUUACAAAAACAACUUCUUUCUAUGAUCAUACAAGAAGAAAUACAAAUAUGGGAUCGAAACCAGGGAGAUCGGAUGAGAAAGAAGAUGCUGAGUAAUAAAAGGGUUUUUAUUGUCCUUGAUGAUGUGGAUAGUGACGAGCAACUAACGGCAUUAGCAGGGGAUCGGAAAUGGUUUGGUCCAGGGAGUAGGGUGAUUAUAACAUGCAGAGAUAGUCAUCUGUUGAAAACACAUGAAGUGAAUAAUAUCUAUAAGGUUGAGGAGCUUCAAACUGAUGAAGCAUUGCAACUCUUUAGUUUGUCGGCCUUCAAGAAAACGCAUCCUACAGAGAAUUACAAGGAUCUAUCUAUGGAUUUUGUGGAGUAUGCUCAAGGUCUUCCUUUAGCCCUUAAAGUUUUGGGUUCCUUCUUAUUUGGCAGAACGAUAGUUGCCUGGAGAAGUGCUAGGGAUCAACUAGAAGCAAUUCCUAAUAAAGAAAUUAUGAAUAUACUUCAAAUAAGUUUUGAGGGGCUGGAGGAUUUCCAGAAAGAGUUGUUUUUGGACAUGGCAUGUUUGUUCCAACCACAGUACAGGCUAGAUAACAUAUUUUUGCAGACAUUAGAAAGUUUUGGUUACUAUCCCGGCAUCAACAUUGACGUACUCGUAGACAAGUCCCUCCUCACCAUCUCAGAUGGAAUGUUGUUCAUGCAUGAUUUGCUUAAAACAAUGGGUCAUGAAAUAGUUCGCCGCGAAUGCCCUGAAGAACCUGGACGACGUAGUAGACUGUUUCGUGUGGAGGAUCUCUAUCACGUACUGAAGAAUGAUACUGGAACUGAUGCAACUAAAGCCAUAGUCGUGGAGUUUUGUCCUGAAACGAAAGAUCAGAGACUCAACGCCAGAGUUUUAGACAAUUUGAAGGUAUUUGAUCUGAGUUAUUCUGAGAAUUUGAUUGAAAUACCAGAUUUUUCUGGAGUACCAAAUCUUGAGGAAAUAAACCUGGAAGAUUGUAGAAGCUUGUGUGAGCUCCACCCAUCCAUCGGAAGUUUAAAACAUUUAAAUGAAUUGGUACUUAACAAAUGUUCAAGCCUUGAGAAGUUACCAGACCUGAGUAGUUUGGAAUGCCUGACCUAUCUUGAGGCAUAUGAAACUGCUAUAACACAAAUACCAUGUGCCAAUCUAAUGCCCAAGAGCAUCCGUGAGUUUAGUCUUCAAGGAGGCAAGUUGAUGCGACUUAAAUCAAAAGAUCCCAUCUAUGAUAUCGGAUCACUUGUAGAAUAUCGGAAGGAAGGAAUAUAUGAUUACGUAGAAGCAACGUGGAUUGAUGUUGACAGCAAAGGAGAAAAUAUUUUAGACAUGGCUGGGGUAGUUGUUUCGGCUAUGUAUGACGAUUUGACGACAAUAAGUAUAUGGUCGUUGGGAUUCUAUAUCCCGGAGUGGGUUCAGUAUAAAAGUAACGGCUCCUCUGUAAAGAUAGAUUUGGAUGCUAAUACGAAUCCGGAGAUGGGGUGUGUUUUCUUUAUUGUCUGUGAUUCUGAUCAAUUCUUUUCCAUGGAUUAUGGACAUUCUUCAAUUUCUUCGUUAUUCAAGGGAUGGAAUAUUGAAAGUUCAGAGAUGGGGCUGACAAUAAGGUUUGAGAGGGAUAAAGAAUAUUGUGUGGAAUAUGAUAGUUUGGAUUACAGAUUAAUGGAUGUCUCUUUCAGUAAGCGAAUCGGAUUUUGGGUGUAUAUACCGGCGGUUUUGCGGUUGCCGUUUUUGGACAUAAGGAGGGUCAUUAAGAUUUCAUUUGAAACAGGCUGGUAUUAUUUCCAAGGUCGUGUAAAACCAAUAGAAGUGAAAGAAUGCGGGGUGCAUUUCUUCUGUCCAGAUGAUGCUAAUUCAAAGUUUUUUAAUAGCAUUGCUCCUUUUGGCCAUUCGGGAUCUUCUAAUUCAGAUUUCCAUCGACGAUUUGUCGGCUAUAUGAGAAAGAAAAAGGACAUGAAAAGUUAUCAUGAAACGUAA